AUGUGGAGGCUAAAGAUCUCAGAAGGAGGAGGGCCAUGGAUACAGACGGUGAGCGAGUUCCAUGGCCGGCAGGUGUGGGAGUUCGACCCUGACGCCGGAACCGACGAGGAGCUCGCCAAGGUGGAGCUGCUUCGCCGGGAGUUCACGGAGAACCGCUUCCGAAGGAGGGAAUCGCAGGAUCUACUCAUGCGCAUGCAGCUCACUGGAGAAAAGCAUCUGCGCGCGGAUAUGCCCGCGGCCACUAAGCUAGAGGAUGGCGACGAGGUGACGGAAGAAAUUCUGCAGGAGUCGCUGAGACGAGCGCUCGGUUGGAUGUCUGCUCUCCAGGCUGAAGAUGGUCACUGGCCUGGUGAUUACAGUGGGAUUAUGAACCUGCUGCCCUUCUGGGUUCGUAUUAAUUCUAUUCCGAUCCUGCGGCUUAUAUCUAUCAUCAGUCCUUCAACGUACAUGCACUUGCUGCUUACAUAUGUAUGCUCAACGACUGAGAAGGGAGCUAGAAAAGCUCUGUUGUAA